CAAGAACAAAAUUGAUUGAUGUUAAUUUUGGCUUGAAAGAAGAUAGAGCAUUGUUCAGUGGUGCUCAGAAACUUUUUGCAAUGGUUCUUGCUUUUAGUCAAGCUACAAUAUCUGUGAUGACUGGGUUGUAUGGUAAUCCAUUAGAAAUUGGAACUGGUGUUUGUAUAUUGCUUAUCACUCAAUUAGUUUUUGCUUGUCUUAUAUCUAUAUUGUUGGAUGAACUUCUUCAAAAAGGCUAUGGUUUAGGAUCUGCAGUUUCACUUUUUAUUGUUACAAAUAUUUGUGGAUCAAUAGUUUGGAAAGCAUUUAGCACAACAGCUGUUAACACAGAUCAUGGACCUGAAUUUGAAGGAGCUUUGGUUGCAUUGGUUUAUCUAUUUUUCACUCGUUAUAAUAAAACUCGAGCACUAAAAGAAGCAUUUUAUAGAACAAACUUACCAAAUGUCAGGAAUUUAAUAUCAACUGUUGUA